CAGGCACGUUUGUGUGGUGAUAGUAUUAUGGAAAUCAUCGGAGAAUGGAAAUCUAUCUCAUUUGGUUACACUCGUCUGUCGAUAUUUUUAAGGUCUUUGACUUUGGAUAAAACAGUUUUUUAGUAGUACUCAGUAUUACCUUACAUUAGGUAAUUUCAUGUUGAAUAAGUAAAAAAAAAUCACAAUACUGUCAGGUUUGCUGGGUUUGCUUUGCUUGCUUGUUGUUUGUCUUCUCUUGUCUGUCAAGUUAAGUGUCAAGUCGAAUGAAGAUGAUUGUAGUUGUAGCGUUACAUUUUUAUUUGAUAGGUUUUGUGUAUUAAAAUUGUAAAGGAAAUGCUUCCAUCAACUGGAUAUUUCAAAGGAAUUAAUUGUCCUUUUUAUGACAGCGGGUUAUGCGAGAGACCUUAUUGUCAUUUUCGUCAUGUAAAAAAAGAAUCAUUGAAUGCCAAUGAUGGAAUUGAAAGUGGAGCGAUUCUACAAAAAUUGGUGUCGGCUGCGGUUCAGAAAGUUCUUCAACAGACGGACUCGAGUUCUACAGCAAAUGUAAAUCAAGUUGCUACUAUAAUCAAUGAGGAUAAUGGUUUAACGAAUAGUAUUCCGACAACUAAAGUAACUUAUAACCCAACACCUAUUUCGGAGCUUAACAAAAUAUGUAGUGCUGACUUAGAAAAUAAUGAAGACAAUGAGCUACGAAAACGACACAUACCCGUACCAUACACUCCUAGAAAGCCUGCUAGUAUACCUCUCAAAAGGCCACCAGAAACUAACGGUUCUUCUAAACCUUUCAUUUAUAAUCCUCCACCAGUUAAGUACUCACCAGGUAGUGUUGAAUCAGUGCAAAUAGACCCAUACACACCUAAAGGCACAGUUGAAUCCAAAGAUAGAUAUUUACCUGGUACUCAAAUAGAAUUACAAGAGUAUACACCCAAAGAGACUGUCCAACAAUCUUCAAAUAAACAUAGUUACAUUCCAUCAGACCGAAGUGUAAGUAAAAAGAAGAUAUUAGAAUAUAAGCCUACAAAAGUUAAUCCUAAAACAACUACACCAUCAGUAACAUAUCAACCAACACCCCGCUCCCAAGUACCAUGCUUUUCAAGUGAUGAAGAUGAACCUGAUAAUAAAAAAAGAAAGAUAUCUAGUGAUUUAAAUGGAUUAGAUGACUUGGGACCAGAAUUUGAUAUUUUAGAUCAGAUAUUAGAUGAAGAGACACAAGAAGAAAAUACUUCAGAUGACAAUAAGACAGAAAAGAACAUUGAAGAAAUAACAAAUAGUAAAGAUAGAGAAUUUGAUGAACGAAGUAUCAAGAUCAAGGAAAAAGAGCAGAAACAUAAGAGUGAAAAUGAAAUAAAAAAAACUGGAAGGAAACAUAGCAGUAAAUCAAGAUCUGAUAAAACUCACAAGUCCUCGUCCCAUGACAAAGAAAAAGGUGAACAUAAAAACAAAAGUUCAGACAAGUUGAGCCACAAGAGUUCAACUAAAAACAGAGAUAAGAGCAAAUCAGAUAAAAAUAAUGACGAAAAAUAUUCAAAAGAUAAGAAAGACAGAAGUUCUAGUGAAAAGAGACACUCUUCUAGUUCGAAAACCUUGGAUGAUGGUUCCAAGCAUAGGAAAAGUUCUUCAAAAGAUUCAGCAAAGCAUUCAAAACAUUCUAGCAGUUCAAAAUCUAAAGGAAAGGUUAAAGAUAGAAAUCACAAAUCACACAAAAGUUUGAGAACUCCAAAACAAAAAGAUAAAAAGAAGCAAGAUGACCAAGUAAAUGACUUUUCAGAUAGUGACAAUAAUCAUCAAGAGUCAGUUAAUUUGGAUAUGAACGAAGAAGAGCUAUCUGGCCUAUCAGAUUCAGAUGAAGAGACUAGAGCAUUGGAAUGUAAAAAGAUAUUUGAAGAAUAUGUGCCUGAACCUGUUGAAAAAACUAAGAUUGUAAAAGAAGUAGAAAAUAAAACAGAAACUGAACAAGAAAGUGAAUAUAUACCUAGUAAAAAAAGAAUUUCUAGAACAACUGAUAAGAAUAUUAAGAUUAUUCCAAGGGCUGCUGUUAAACCAGAUUUCAAAGUAAGUGCUGCUCAAACAAUGGCUGAAAGACUACAAAAAGUUAGAGAAUUUCAUGCCUCUAAAAAUCCACCACCAAUAUCUGAUACUAGUAUAACAUUGCCUAAAACCGAUAUGAAAAGUUCAUUUAGUACUCCUACCUCAACAGCUGGUUCAACUAAGAUCCGUAUUGCUCAUGUGCCCUAUGCAUCAACUAUGAUGAAUGCAAAAAAAUCUAUUCAGCCAAAUGCCAGUGUAACUAAAAGUGAACCAUCAACUAGUAGUACUGUGGUACAGACUAUUAAGAAGGGAGCACAAAGAGUUGCCCAUGUGCCCAAUGAUAAGUUUAUUGAUCGUCCAGGGGUUUUGGAACCACUAGCCUCUAAAAUUGCAGCAAACAUUCGAUCAACUUAUUUAAAUAUGAUGAUUGACGAAUGUUUAAAAAUUUAUCUUAAUGCAACAGAUGCAUAUGCAAGGGCUCAACAUGAAGAGCUAGCUACUAGUAAAAAGUGUUCUACUGUCCAAAUAUACAAAAAUUCUGCUGUUUUAACCGUAAGCAGGUUAAGAAAAGAGCUCCAAGAAUGUAAUGGUGUGAAGAAAUCUGGGGCUGAUUGUACAACUCUUCAGAAAAUUCCUCAAACAAUAUCUGGGAAAAGCAAUACUACUGGAUCUUGGAGUAUAGAAAAUAAAAAUAGAAAACUUUUUGAUACACAAGAAUUUAUUGGACCUAGAUUAUAUAAUAAUAUUAAGAAAUGGAUUUUGACAGAAGAACAAUUGAGAGAGAAUGGCUUUCCUAGAUCACAUCCCAGUGGAGAGAAAGGUAGAGCCACAAUUUAUAGCCAAAAUAAACAGAAACCACCAAAAGGUUACAUACGAACUUGUUGCAGGUGUAAGAAAGAUUAUACUGUUGAUAAAAAAGGAUUUCCUGUUUACAAAGAAGAAUGUAUCUAUCAUCCAAAUAAUAAAUACAGAGUUCGUGGGGAGGCUCGAUACCAAUGCUGCAGUCAAGAUGCGACUAGUGAUGGAUGUUGUAUAGCACCUUCUCAUGUAUAUGAAUAUGUUGAUUAUGAUAAUUUGAGAGGAUAUGUAAAAACAUUGCCACCAGACAUCAUACGAGAUGACUAUGGUGUAUAUUCUUUAGAUUGUGAAAUGUGUUAUACCACUCAUGGUCUAGAUCUUACUAGAGUAACGGUAAUAAAUUCUUCUUGUAAGGUAGUUUAUGAAACGUUAAUAAAACCUUUACACCCGAUAAUUGAUUAUAAUACAAGAUACUCUGGUAUUACUGAAGAGCAAAUGUCACAAGUGAGAACAACAUUAUUGGAAGUGCAGGCAACUCUUCUAACAAUGUUUAAUAGUAAAACUAUUCUAAUUGGACAUAGUCUGGAAUCAGAUUUUAAAGCACUAAAGCUGAUACAUGAGACUGUGAUUGAUACAAGUGUUUUAUUCCCUCAUAAAAUGGGUCCUCCAUAUAAAAGGGCUCUAAGGAAUUUAUCAUCAGAACAUCUGAAAAAAAUUAUUCAAAAUUCAGUUGAUGGUCAUGACAGUGCAGAGGAUGCUACAGUGUGUAUGGAACUUGUACAUUAUAAACUAAAAGAAGAUUUAAAAACGAGAUGAUGAAUUUAAUUUUAUAUAUAAGUGGUACUUAUCGUUAAGUACCUAAUUAAACUUUGAAUUUAAUUGCCAGUACACAGUAUUUAAUUAAAUCUGUGUAUCUUUAAAAUUGAAUGUGGUAUAUAAAUUAUUUAAACUAUUUUACUAAAAAGCUCGUGACAUGUAUGGUUUCACUGUGUAAAUGACGGAAAAAUAAACUUUAUUCCGUGGUGUAAAUCUAUUCACUUUGUUUUGUUCGUCUUAUUAUGGUAGAUGUAUGUACGUAAUUAAUGUUGAACAGCAAUACAAAUGUAAUGAUAGAUUUAAGACAUGUACUUAUUGUAAAAAUGUACUUUUAUAUAAAGGUAUUUUUCGUA